CGGAAGUGCCGGACACAAAGGCUGAGGCUGCGUUAGCUCGGGGCUAAAGCUAAAACCACUUUGUGUAAAAAUGUCGGAAAAGGGUCAGAUUUUCCGCGCGCUGGUGACGGAGCGGCUGAGCGCGGCUGCGGAGGAGAUAUUUGCGCUGUUUGAGAGAACGAUAGCGGAAUAUGAGGAGGAACUGAGCCGCUCCAAAGAGGAGAACCAGAGGAGCCACAGGAGCCACAGGAGCCCGCGGCUCCUGCAGCCUGUACCCGCGGAGGAGCUGCUCUCUCCCGGGACCGUCCCGAGGACACACGCGCCCUCAGAUGUGAACGUGAAACCGCGGGACGUGGAGGAGGAGGAGGAGGUCUGUCGGGAUUAUAACGAGAACGACACGCAGACAACGAUCAUCAAAGAAGAGUUCAUCAAACAGGAAGAGGACGAACAGCUGCAGGACUUCAGCUUUUACUCAGGAAAACACUACGACGACGGCGAGCAGACGGAGAACGACGAGGAGUGGGAGGCGCCGUGCAGCAGCUCGUUUCAGCACGGCGAGGCGGAGGCGGAGGUGGACUACUUUAGCCAGGUGUAUAUGCAGGCGCUCGACCGGAACGACCACAACACAAACCGGAACUCCGCCAUGAGACAACCCAAGUGUCCGGAAUGUGACCAGGAAUUCGACGGGAAGGAGGAGCUACAGAGUCACAUGUUGGAGGUGCACGGCGGAGACAAACCCAUCAGCUGCCCCGUCUGCGCCCGGACAUUCACGAGAAACGGCUCACUGAAGCUCCACAUGGCGAUGCACAUGCACGAGAAGCCGUACAACUGUCCGGUGUGUAACCGCGGCUUCACGCAGAAGGGAAACCUGCGCUCGCACAUGGCCCAGCACACGGGCGAGAAACCUUUCGGCUGUACAGAGUGCGACGCGCGCUUCCCCAUAAAGAGGACGCUGCUGCGGCACAUGAAGCUGCACACGGGCGAGAGGCCGUACAGCUGCCCCUACUGCGACAAGAGCUUCACACGCAAGGAGCACGUCCGGCUACACAUGGCGGUGCACACGGGGCAGACCACGCCCAAAAAACGCCGCGUGAUGCCGACGAGGAGCGAGCGAGACGGCGCCGACACCUCCAACGACUCCAGCGGGACGGGCUUCUACGGGAGCGGCUCCAACGAAUAACACGAGGAACGCCACGGCGGACGAGGCGUUUGUGCGGAGGGUCAAAGUUCUGCAGACUGAGCCGUGUCUCGCCAGAGACGGGAUUCUGUCUCUUUCUCUGGGAUUUUAUCACAAAUCUACAAAAAGUCAAAUCCACAAAUGUUUUUUUUUUCAGAGAAGAAAUUCAUUCUCCCGUUUUGACAUUUGACCUGUCCCCAUCUCAGUCUAACACCACAGGAGGACGGGAGGGCAUCUGACACACUACAGGAGGACGGGAGGGCAUCUGACACACUACAGGAGGACGGGAGGGCAUCUGACACACACUUGUGGCUUGUGACAUUUGUUGAUCCCGUCCUGAGCGUCCCUUUCCAAACACAGGACAUAGAGGUGGACCUGAGGUGCGAGCGGACUGACCUGAGGCGUGGGCGGGCUGACCUGAGGUGUGAGCGGACCGACCUGAGGCGUGGGCGGGCUGACCUGAGGUGUGAGCGGACCGACCUGAGGUGUGAGCGGACCGACCUGAGGUGUGAGCGGACCGACCUGAGGUGUGAGCGGACUGACCUGAGGUGUGAGCGGACUGACCUGAGGUGUGAGCGGACUGACCUGAGGUGUGAGCGGACCGACCUGAGGUGUGAGCGGACUGACCUGAGGCGUGGGCGGGCCGACCUGAGGCGUGGGCGGGCCGACCUGAGGCGUGGGCGGGCCGACCUGAGGCGUGGGCGGACUGACCUGAGGCGUGGGCGGACUGACCUGAGGCGUGGGCGGACCGACCUGAGGCGUGGGCGGGCCGACCUGAGGCGUGGGCGGACCGACCUGAGGCGUGGGCGGGCCGACCUGAGGCGUGGGCGGGCCGACCUGAGGCGUGGGCGGGCCGACCUGAGGUGUGAGUGGACUGACCUGAGGUGUGAGUGGACUGACCUGAGGCGUGGUGCAUGUUGAAACGUUACAGGGAAAUAGUGAAUUUUCUAGAGUCUAAAAUGAUGUAAAUAGAGAAACAGAUUUAACACGAUAGAGAAUAAAAUAUAAACUGUCAGUCAAAGGUUUGGACACGCCCCCUCAUUCUGUAUAAACACAGCGCUAACCUGCUGCUAGCCGCCGCCGCCGCCGCCGCGUUCCAAACAGGAAGUGAUCGUUCAUAUUCAAAUCCUUAGUUUUCUGUUUCGUUCCUUUUUGCCUUUAGGACAAACUGUAACUUCACAUCUCACUUCAUAUCGUCACGUUCUGAAGUUCUGUUUAUUUUCUGAGCACAAGGUCGACCGUCGGCCAAAACACUUCAGAGUCACACCGCGAUCCGACAUUUACAGUGAGGCAAAUAAGUAUUGAAGUAUAUUUGAAGUAUUUGAACACCCUGUGAUUUUGCACCUUCUCCCACUUAGAAAUCAUGGAGGGUCUGAAAUGGUCUACAGUCCAACAGCCAAUCAGGACGCAGAACACAAUGGUCUACAGUCCAACAGCCAAUCAGGACGC